CAAAAGUGACAUCUCUUGCGUUCAUUCGUAGUAUCAUCAAGCAUGGCGGCAACCGUGGCGGUGAAGGAUGUUAACACUUUUCUUAGUCAAAAGCAAAAUGUUGCUGACAAAGAGCUGGCCGCGGAGUGGGCGCAGCUUGAGGAACUCUACAGCAAACGGCUUUGGCAUCAGCUGACGCUGAAACUAGAGACGUUUGUAAAGAAUCCAGUGCUUCAGCAGGGAGAUAAUCUUGUGCAGCUUUACAGCAACUUCCUGUCGACCUUUGAGAACAAAAUAAAUCCAUUGUCGUUGGUGGAAAUACUGGCUCAUGUGAUACAACAAUUUCAAGAUAAGCAAGAGGCGAUUAAAUUUCUGGAGAAGACAGAGGCAAAGGUCCAGAGCAACAAUGAAGCUGUCGCCCUGUGUAAGGUUCUCAAGGGGCAGAUUCUAUUAGAUAAACUAAACAAUCAGGAGCAAGCAAAGAAGAUCAUCGAGGAAGUGGAGGCUAUGCUAGACAAUGCCGAUGGUGUGACAACGGUUCAUGGACGUUUUUAUCUUCUUGCUAGUCGAUUAUAUAGAUUGCAGGGCAAACACGCGGAAUAUUAUCGCACAGCAUUAAGAUAUUUAGGUUGCAUCGAAUUGAGUAGUUUGAGCAGACAAGAGCAAGAGCAGCAUGCUUUCUUUCUUGGACUUGCCGCACUCUUGGGUGAAGGUGUCUAUAAUCUUGGAGAAUUGCUGGCGCAUCCCGUAUUGGAGUCAUUAAAAGGCACACCAAACAACUGGCUUGUUGAUUUGUUGCAAGCCUUUAAUGCUGGCGAUAUCGUCGCAUUGGAGAGAUUGAAGCCGCAAUGGAGCAAAGUGGCUGAUCUAGCAGCACAAGAAUUAAAAUUGAGGCAAAAGAUCUCGUUACUUUGUCUCAUGGAGAUGACCUUCAAGCGGCAAGCCAACAAUCGACAGCUAACAUUCGCGGAAAUUUCUCAGGAGACGCGUUUACCUCUCGGCGAAGUGGAAUUGCUAGUAAUGAAAGCUCUUGCUCAGGGUCUUGUGCGAGGUGCCAUAGAUCAAGUGGCUGGCACCGUCAAUAUGACGUGGGUGCAACCACGCGUUUUAGAUCGCAGUCAGAUUGCCGGGAUGGUACAACGCCUUGACGGAUGGUGCAAAGAUGUCAGCUCGAUGGAGAAACUCUUGGAAUCAAGGGCCUCUGAAAUUCUCACGCUCUAAGAAUAUAAGUUCUCCUUUCCAACUUAUUCGUUUGUUGUGUUAGCAGAAUGCUGAUUCUCGCGUAUUCGCUAUUAUAAAAUCAAUUUAAUACAUGUCGCCAAUAAAUACAAACAAUUGUUUCUUA